GCACAUUGCGUACCAGCACUCGCGUGUCGUCUCCACCAUCUGAGCAAGUCUCCGAGAUCAGCAACGGCUGUCGCAUGACGCAUGCGAACAUUCAUCGCAGCAAAAACCUUUGUCGCUCCACAUCAAUCAAGAGUCUCCACCAUCAACGACGGCUGUCCCUUGCAUGAUCUCAUGGUUUCGGCAGUCAACACCACAUCGCCAGUCCUGUAGGGCUACGCAAGCAUCCAAACUUGAGGUUGGGCUCGGCAGUCGCAGUCAGCAUACUCUUCCUGCAGGCUACGAUGGUGACCACAGCCUGCAGAUGCGGUCUUGCGGGGUGCAGCAGACCCUUGCCGCGUAUGCACAGCUCCGGCCGCCAUUGUUACGCCAACGACGCUGUGUUUACGAGACCGAUCCUACUGCGCUAUUCGUGGGCAAGGCUGACUGCUGCAACGCCGCAGCCUUGGCGGUUGGGACGAAAGCACGUGAGCCAGCGCUGACCGCAGCGAUCCUUUUCCAGCAGGAGGCAUCUCUCUGCCUCCACAGAAUCUGAGGAGCAUUAGUCGAGAGCGUUCGCUGCUUGCGGAGAAGCUUACGACUGCCGGCACUCGACAUUGACCAACGGCAUGUCUCUUGACCCUUUAGCGAGCAAGCAAUGCAGCCGUGCUGCGGUCGUUCAUUGCAACACCCAAGGAU